UCUCUCUCUACGAAAUGAGCCUCCUGCAGUUUCCUCAAAUCCAACUCCACCUUCCUUAGCAGCCUUUGCAACUGCUACUUCUGCAGUACCUGAAGCACAAAGAAAUGAAGGAAGUCAAACUGGAACUGGCAGGUGGUCUAAACUAAGUAAUGCAGAGAAAAGCAGUUUGGUGGAAAUACUUUUAGCUCAUUUUCAUAACGGGAAACUUCAGAGGGGCAUUGUGGGAAAAACAGUUACACAGUUCAACCGUUCUAGGCGUACAAUUAACAAAUUGUGGGUCCGAGCUCACAACCAACUCAAUGAUGGGUCCCAAUUAAUGUGCAAAGCCAAUGUAAGGGAAAUGUGAGAAGAACAGGGGUUGUUUUUUACUUGGACAAGUUAAAAGACAUUCCACUUCAUCAAAGAAAGAACAUUCGGUCUUUGGGUUAUGCCCUAAACAUCUCAAAGUCUUCUGUGCACAGAUUAGUCAAAGCUAAGCAAAUAAAGAGACAUUCCAAUGCCAUAAAGCCAUUCCUCGUCUCACACAUGCUGGUAAAAUCAAGAGGUUACAAUUCUACCUAUCUCAUGUAGUAGUGCAUAGGUGUGUGCCCUUAAACUCCACAUUUCAUUAUUUUUAUGAUGACAUUCACAUAGAUGAAAAGUGAUUUUUUUCAAAAGAAACCACAACAUACUACACCCAUCCCAGUGAGCCUAACCCCUACAGAUCUGCUCAAUCAAAAAAAUUUAUACCCAAAAUCAUGUUUUAGCUGUUGUAGGUAGGCCUAGGUUUGAGGACAAUGGGGCAGUGUAAUGGGAUGGAAAAUUGGUAUCUUUCCAUUCACAUAUGAGCAAAGAGCAAAGCGGGCUAGUAAAAAUAGACCAGCAGGCACUUUAGAGACAAAACCCACAUUAAGUAUAACCAGAAAUGUUAUCAAUGAGAUGAUGCUACACAAAGUCCUACCAGCAAUCAAAGUUACAUGGCCAGAUGUAGAAAAUAGAAACAUCAUAAUUCAACAAGAUAAUGCAAGGCCACAUAUUGAUGUGAAUGAUGCAGAGUUUGUGGAGUCAGCAACUGCUGAUUGCUGGAAAAUAAAGCUAACUUUCCAGCCACCUAACAGCCCAGACCUAAAUGUUCUAGACAUAGGUUUGUUUUCGUGCAAUUGAUUCACUGAAGGAACAUAAAUCCUCUAAAAGUAUUGUUGAGUUAACUGAAGCUAUGAGAACUCCUUUUGAUGACCUCACAACUUAUAUUUUGAACAAAGUAUUUUUAAGUUAUCAGUGUGUGAUGGAACAAACACUGAUGCACAACGGUGGAAAUCAGUUUAAACUGCAACAUGUUGGUAAGGAUAAGCUUGACAGACAGUGGAUGUUACCACAGAACAUGGAAAUCAAUCCAGCAUUAGUGGAUGAAGCUAAGGAGAAUCUCAUACACAUGCAAACACAAGGGCCAGAAACACAAGAGGUGCACAUGCAGGGUGAAGGGACUGAAACUCAGUUCAUAACUGAAGAUGAGGCCACAACUUUUUUGUAUGUAAGGAAGUGUACAAUUUUUUUAUGACACCACUAAGGGACAACUUUUUUGUAUGUAGGGAAGUGUAAUUUUUUGUAUGUACACUAGUAAGGGACAACUUUUUUAUAUGUAAGGGAAGUGUACAAUUGAUGUAUGUACUGUCAUGCAUGCGUAGCCUACAAUAUCAAAAUGUAGGGGCAGUGCAG